AUGACCCAUGUCAGUAAGCUCUUCUAUCAACUCUCCAAUGACAAGUAACUGUCAGCCAGAUCUUGUCAAUGCAGCAUACACAGCAGAUUCAUCCAGUAAAAAGGACUAAAAUGUGUCAGAAGUAGCCAGUAAGGUGAAGAUCUGCCACUUUCAAUAACUUUGAAAAUGAAUUUAGUCACUAAUUAUUUUCAUGUUUAUUUAACGAGCCAUUUGGUACAAUUUUAGAAUGUCCUAAGACUCUAAGUCCCUUGUUAUUCAAAUGGAAUUUAAAUACAGACAAACCGUCUAAAGAGAAUGCACUUUAAAACCAUCAUAGUCUGCAGGAGAACCAUGCCAAUUUGGUUUCCUGACUGUGACUAACAUUAGCAGAGUUAGCACCACCAGCUAAUGGGUCGCUACACACUGGCACUGGUUACAUGCUACUCCAGUCAAAACAUCAGUUUAACAGAAAAUCAAAAUACUGUCAAUCUGUGCCAUGCUAUGAGAUGUCAAUGUAACAUUUCAGCAUUAUGGCAAAAGAUAUUAACUAGAGAUAAAGCCUGGCCUGUGUCAGCUUGGAUCAACAUUUUGGACCUGUAGGAAAAAAGAAAAAGACAAUUCUCAAUCAUGUAGUUAGCUAAACGCACACAUCUGUAGUCUGAAUUUAACAUCUUAUAGGUAAACGUGUUCAUAACAGUUUCCAUGAGCAAAACUUUACUCAUAAAAGUAUCCUGACUGAUGCAUUCAAUUUCUGUUCUUUUGUUGAAGACAGAUGAAAACAAAACAUCUAACUUUUGCAAAUUUUAACAAGUGAAUUCUUGGCAUUUGUGUAUUUCUAGAGUGCUUAACGGACAGUGAAAAUUGUUGCUUUGAUAAAAGAACGUCUGGGAAAGUAAUUUGCCUAUUAGUUUGAGAUUUGGCAAUCAUUUCUGGAACAUAUUUUAAAAAAAUAUCCAAUACCAGAACUGUGAAACAUUUUUACAAAGCUUUUUUUUCUGUGGUAAGAAAGGCCAUCUGGCUUAUUUUGAUGGUAAUUGCUUACUUAUAGAUCAAGUUUAAGUUGGAUUUGUUUGCUAACAUAGCAGAAAUAUGAUGUGUAAUCUCAAUUGUGUGCAUGCUUAUUUAUUUAUUGGUUGAAUGAUUAUGAAUGCUAGUUUUGUCAAUGAUUUAUAUACACAGUUACUUUAAAAUUACAAAAAAAAACAGAGGUAAAGAGAAUGUGCAGGUAAGGAAAGUCCCUAAACUCAUUAUUACCUGCCACCAAGUAAAACCUACUGCAUUAUCUUGUGAAGCAAGGCUUUCAAGCCAUUACUGAAAAGGCUUUCUCUGACUUUUGGCUCCUCUGGCUUGUAAAACAUAGAAAAAUAUAUCCCAAAGAUUCAAACACAGAAGUUAAAAUUUACAGAGGAAUUCAACUAUGAGAGCAAAUAAAGCGAAAAUUUAAACCUUGUGAGAAAGUAUAAUUUUCUCACACAAAACUAAGAGAACACACACCUUUAAAAAACAGCUAUAAGUUACCUCGUAUCCUCUCGAGAUGACAUACCAGCCAUAACAUACUAUAUUUGGUAUCAAUCAUGAAUUUGUCUGGCGUGUCACUCAAAGAAAUCUCCAAUUCUCCUCAUGCAGCAUCCUCUGGAAGAAGAUCCACAAUGCAAGGUUUGUUUACCACAAAUCGGCACAUCACAAGCAUUGGUACUGUUCGAUCAUCCCGGAGCAUGGUUCGACUGUGGGCUUCUGGAGGAGGCAUCACUUCAGGACUGUGGCUGGACUCGACAUUCAGUUGGUGUUGAGAGAACCUUGGCACAUCAGCCAUCGCACAGGGCUGCUCAUGCAGAUUGAGCAGAUCCUCAGGUGAGGGAUGGAGCCAGGCAAAACCAGAACAGUAUUUUCUUUCAUUUGUUUUAGAUUUCUCAGGGAAUCUUUUAAGAAAAGGACAUUGCUGUGCUGUUUUUAGUGAUUCAAAAACAGGAGGUGUGAUGACAGUACUUACUGUGCUGUUAUCAGCUCGUUGCUCUCUGUAAAGUAUGUUUAGGUGUUUACAAUCAGAGGCAGCUCUGUCAGGUAUCAUGGGAGCCCCUUCAUCGUUAGCGGUUAGCAAAUAGCAAAACUUGAGAGAUCCACACUUGCUGUCAAAAGAGUUCAAGGGUAGAAACGAGAGGACAGUUCAAGCCGCUGGCAAUCAAAAACAGGGCUCGGUUUGUUUUUCAUAUCGCACUUGAUGACACUUUCUUAUUAAAGGUGAGAGCAGAGGUCUCUGUCUGAACAGCAUGUCCGCUCAGGGGGAUGCCAGCACACGGGGGAGCGCUCCCCUCGCUGCCUCCGCUGCGGUUUCUGCUGUGUUUUUAUAACCUCUGAUUAGAGGCUGUGCAGCACUCAAUUUUGAGUUCUGUGGCAGUCGCUCUGUUACAAAGGGGAAGUAGAAAUAAUUGUCUUCCGAGCAGAGGCUGUCUGAAUUGUUGAAAUAAAUUACUUAGCCUCCCAAACUUCGCAUCCACACCACACACACAAACAUGCUUCCUCUUCCUCCCUCCUCCCACCGGCUCAGACAAUUCCCCAGUGGGGGUUUGUCUGUUAGAGACACUGAGGAUCUUGCAAUUUACCUUGGUAAUAAUCAUUUCAGAAGACAUCACACAGACAUACAGACAAUGCAGAGUGAAGUCCCCUGGGUCAUCCGGGGCCCUGUGGGCUGCUCCAGUUUUUAGCUUUGUUCCUCCACUUAAUUGAUAUUGGAUGGUGCCUCAGCAAGACACCGCCUGCAUCACAGUAGGGGCAGCCUUGGAUCACAGCUUAGACAGAACUGGAUCAAGAGAUUAAUCACGAGAAAUGCAGUUUUAUUUUAUCCACUGCAUGCAUUCAUUAGCUGAAACUGAAGUGAUAAUAUUUUCAGGCUGCUGUCAAAGAAAACAUAACAGCCGCUAAAGCAAGAGUCAUCGUUACCCAACACUGAUGAUGACUCUGUAUUGUACUUCCCCUUCAAAUAAAUGUGAAGAUUUUAUGAAUCCACGUGACUUUAAAGAAAUGCAAGAUAUUCUCUGCACAAUACUAUUCCCUCAUUUGUGUUUAAAAAAACUUCCUGAAUUUGUGAGCUUCACUUUUGAGGUCUUGAUUUGAGGUCUGUGGCCCUAAAUCCUUCACCACACCCACAAUCGUAGAGAUCAGGAUAUUUUAGUUUCUCGCUUGGGGGAAUACUACUCUAGGAAAACGUAGUUUUUGAAACUAAAUUGAAAAAGAUUUAAAUGGACUUUAACUCUCAUAACUUAAGUAACAACAAUGAAUAGAUUCUCUGGUCUUGAAAACACCCUCAUAAGAAAAGAGCAAACAUUACUGAAGUUUCUUGACCUUUUUAUACUCGGCGCUGAUUGCCAGUCAGGCACAGGUGGGUUUGAUUAGCUAGUGUAGUAAGGCUUAAAGGAGAAGAGGGAGAAAACAAGACCAACCCCCCCACCCCCACGGUAUGAAGCAACAGUGUGUGAUGAAGAAAUAUAGGGUUGCUGUUACAUCCCUCCUUUUUAUGUAAAUAUUAAAUUUCUAGUAUCUUCAUUCACUUCCUUUACAGUGUGUCCAUCAGAGACAGAUUUUACUUCAUCCUUACAGCACUACCGCCUUGAAGCGGGCGUUCAAUGUUAUACAAGUAUUCUCAAAACCCUUAAAUUUAACCUGGAGAAUCUUGAGGUUACCCAAUUAAAAGUAACAAGCCUCUUCAUGUCUGCUGUGUUUGUGUGAAUCAUUAGCCCAGCUCUCACCCUUUCUACACUACGAAUAAACGACUUUAAUUUCACUGCAAACAUUUGACAUGCUUUCCUCUGAUCUUGCAUUGUGUUUAUCUUGCCCCAGAAAACUUCAUGUCACCUUUGAGUUGACGGUCUCUACUAAGUCAAGGCAGGAGGACACAUAUGAGCCGCGCUGUUCCCACGUCGGUGAGACUUUUGUGACUCUGCUCUGGGAUGGAGCGGGCCGUUUGCCCGACUACCAGGAGAUUUCAACCCUUCAACUGCACGGCGUCAAGAGGGUGGCCCUCAACUGCCCUGGCUUAAAGGCGUAAGACAGCUUUCUCCACUCCUCUUCUCUAUGACUUUGUUUUCCAUUUAACUGACUAUCUACUUUGCUUUGCUCUGUCAGACCUGGCUUGAGGUCCUGCAUGGAGGAAAUAGACAUGCAUGCUCUGGUUCAAAGUGCGCAGGUCAUCGGUAAAGAUCAACUGGUUGAACUGAAGCUGCUGCAACCUGGCAUUAUCAUUGGAGUCCGGAAGGUUUUUCUCACGUUUUUGUUCCCCAGUUUCCUGCCGAAGGGCUACUUUUGGCGUAAAAUGAUACAUUUAUGAGGAGAAUUUGGUCAGAUUUUGAAACCAUACCUUUCAUUUAGGACCAAUGCUCUGUCGCCUUCAUCAUGUUCACCCUCCACUUCCACAUGCUGGAGGACAGAAGCAUCUGGAAAUAUUUUGGCUGGUAGGUUGCACUUGAAUGACUCCUUUUUUUUUUUUUUCACAUUCACAUGCUCACACGGCGUGCAGUGUAUCACCAUCAGAUGGUUAGGGCUCAAAUUCAAAGGGUGCGAUAACUGACAGGAUUCAUUUGAUGCCCCGCGAUGUGAUGCACAGCAAGGGAGGAGAUUUGAAGCGCCGGCAUCACUGACACCCGAUUUUCACCCUCAUAGAGGAUAUUGUUACUGCUUUACGUGUUUAUAUAUAGAACCCUCCAGUUGUCAUGUGUGAGGAGCUGUUACAGCAGCGAUUUUGUUAAUCAUCUUCCAUCAGGACAAAACCAAUGCAGGUGCUAAUUAUAAGCAGGCGAAUUCACUCAUUAGCAGAAGCUUAAACCCAGAGAGAAUAAUUAUUGGGGGAAAUUGCCUCUGAAGAGUUUGGUUUGAACUAAUUUGAUUAAAAACUAGUGAGCUAGAUAAGAGGUUCCCAACCUUGGGCGGGGGUCCCUGAAAGGCCCCCUAAAUUAGAAGUGAAACAGAAGUUAUGUACUUCCUUUUUUUCAUAGUGCCAAUUAUUAAAUCUCCAAAAAUCUUGGAGUCAAAACAUUGAGAAGAAGAAAUCUAAGACAUGGCAAGAAAGCUACUUUUAUCCUCUGUUAAAAAAAAUCCAUUGGUUUAAACAGCUAACUAAAACUUAACACAGCAAAGAAUGAAAACAAGAGCAACUAUAAAAAAGAACAACAAGAAGCAACAAAGAUAAAAAAAAAUGAGAACAAUGAGAACAAAGACUCACACAGAGUGACCAAGCAAGAAUGGGUAGCCUUAUGAAACACACACAAAAACAGUACCGUAGUACAAAACAAUUUUAAGAGCAAAAUGAGUCACCCCAACCCCUACCUACUUGACAAGAUGUCUGACUUACCUAACUAGUCUUCAGUGGCUUGCCGAGCUCGAGGCACCACCUAAGUGUGCCCCCUCCUCAGGAUUACCACCAAAAGUAAGAAAGGCAAAAUAAAAAAGCGGCAAGCUCUUCCCUGCCCGGCGACUAAAUAAUCAGGGUGCUCAGAAGUUACAAAUAAAAGCAACUACUAAUGAUAGUGACAGAAACAGAAGACUAACAAACCCAAACUAUGGUCACUAGUUACGAAAGGAAAAAAAAAAACAAAAAAACAAAACUUAAAGAAAAACCUCAUGGGGCCGCUGUGGGCCACAUUACAUAUACUGUUAGUCCAUUUGAUGUCACACAAAAGUUGGUUGUCCCUAAGCAACUGAUUAUAUUGCUAUGCUAGAUGCUGUGGAGGUCUGCUCUGAAGCCUGAACCUUCACUUAGAGUGGCCAUAGCCCCCUCUGCUGGGUUCUUUUGAGAGUGCACUGUUAUGUCAGCAUAUUAUGGUAAAAGUCCAUCUGCAUUUAAAAAAACAAACAAACUCUAAAGUGUCUUAUUUAUCACAUACUUUUUCUGUUUCAGUUUGACCUUUUUUACUUAUAUUUUCUUUCCUCAGGCCCCCCAAGAUGAUGACUAAAGCCCCUUUUGAUGACACAGACCCUGAGUACGGCCUCCAUGGCUACCAUCUGCACAUUGUUCUCCACAACACUGAAUGCAAGAUCAUGUCCAGGAGCUUCCCCCGGCUCUUCUACUGGAGAAGUAAUUAAUUUACAGCCACGUUCACUGAGUCACAGAGUUAGAUGAUGCUGAUAAUAUUCACUGUCUGUACUGCUGUAGGCCAUAUGGGGUUUAAAGAGUGUACAUUGUCAUAUAAAAAUAAAUCUUUUGAAUUUUCAGUGGUGACACAAAGGCAAGAAUUAGUUUACUCUGCCAUGUCACAUUUCAUUCUGUCUGAUUUUGCUGAACACUUCAAGGCCUUGCAUCCUCAAAAUUUGGGACAGUUUGAUUACCUCUGCCAGGAUAUCUCACUCUAAAAUACUUUAAAACUAACUUGUUGUUACCUGUUUGUUUUGACUUUGCACAGCCCAGAUCAACGAGGGUCUGAUCCAGCUGAGUGUCAUUGGCAGGGGAAAGCUGUGGACACACACACCUCUAUCAGGAAGCAUCACCCUGCCCUGGAGGUGUGAGGCCCUGCAGGGCACAGUGGAGGUACGACAUGAGCUGUAAUGUCUCUGGCUAUAUUUUGAACAAAAUCCAGAGUACCUGAAGUUCUGAGGAUAAAGAUGCUACAUUUUAUUUACUUGAAAGUCAGUCUCUCUUCAUAUUUUCUCUGAAUUGCUGCAUCAUGUCGCUAACUCUGCUGGACGGGUUCAGGCACCUUUUCUGGUGUGUUUCUGAAUAAUUGUGGGUAGUCUCAACAAUUCAUUAAAGCGCCUGUCAAAAAGAAAAAUUUCUUCCUGGAGUUUUUUUGUUGAAAAGCACUUGAGCUUCUACUACAGAUAAUACAGUCAUGACGUUUGUGUUUUAUACAUGCAAUCUGCUUUUUUAAGCAUCCCUGUGCAGAUCACAGUCGACCUCUUUCACUGAAGGUAGAAUACAAACUGAAUGUGUUAUAUGAGCUCAGAGGUGAUCUAGGUUUGUCAUUCUCUCUGACCUUACACAACGUUUUCUUUCCACUCUGACUUUAAGUGACUGUUUUCAUCGGAGGUCACCUUGUACGUGCACACAGUUUGAAAGAUGUUAUCUUUUCAUAUAACACCUUGAAGAGACUCAGUAGUACUGCUGACACCCCUCAUUUUCCUGCUUUAAUUAUUCAGUUUGCUUUCUUUCACCUGAAUUUCCAAGUUUCUGGAUUAUAACUUAUAAUUCUUUGUUGCCAAAGUAAUAUCUUAAAAGUAAUAUCUAUCUUUGAAUUUUGUUUUAAUAUGUUCAUACUUUCUUUAAUUGUCUAACCUCAAACAUAAAGACAGUUAACUCAUCUUUUGCACUUAUCAACUAAAUACUUUAAAACGUUCCCCAUUACUUUUGCAUGAUUCACACACACUUUUGUCCCUUUCCUCAUGGCAUUUACACUUGAACACACUCACAUUACCCCAAUUGGAUUCACAGCCAUCAUGCAAUUACUAUCACAAAUUAAAUUUGAAAGUAACGUCCACACCCUGGGCAAGCCUUGCACAAGCGAUAGAAUUAGUGUGGAUGCAAUAGUUGGAUACAGUUGCUGUGCAGCUGAUGGGCCAGCUCUGCUGAUGGCAAUAAAUAAGCCAAACCUCAGGGUAAUAGGAUUUCAGGGGCUUCCUUCUCUUCUCUGUCUCUGGGGGACAUCAUCACCUUGAAAAAGAUGCUUAUUUUUCCAAACACAUCACCGACUGGAUUGGCACUGGAUCCAAAAAUUAAUUUGGGGAAAUGAGCCAGAGGGACAAAGUGAAGAGUAACAGUAUGUGUGAUGAAUUGUUCUUUGUCAAAACUUCAUGAUUAAAUUAAGACCCCAAAGCUCCUCAGGGGAGGGAGACGGUGUCUGAAUCAUAAGGAGUCCAUGUGUUGACACGUUCCUGAUGGGCCUUGAGCUUUCCAACUCCAUCCAUAUAUAACAGCGCUGUUGAAUGGCUCGGUGGCUUCUGUUGAAUGGCUUUAUGGAUAAAAAUUGCUGCACUCUGAGUGUUGACUUGGCUUUUGAAUACACUGACAAAUCACUUACUGCUGGCUAUUAUUCUGACUGGACGACGUGUACCAUACCGCGUACACAUGUUGCAACACAUUUCUAUUAAAGUGACCUUCAUACAACUGUUUGCUGUCAUGUCAGCUGCUGCAAACUGCCAAUCCUUCAUGUUUCCUUAAAUUGGAAAAAAAAAAAAAACUACCCGGCGAGGGUAUUAUUGGCGACUUAAUGGACUCACAGAACAUUUCACCUUUAAUUCAUUGUUUAGGUCCAAACAAGGAGUAUGGAUUUGAAGGGGCAAGGGCUAAAGACUGAAAUAUUUAGACCAGAAAUUCCAGAUAUCUUGAUGCACAUGUGUUUGUUUUUAGUGUAGUUUCAUAGAUCCUCCUCCUCCUCACCUUUAAGUCCCUCUACGACCUGGCCCCCCCUACCUGUCUGACCUCAUUGUCCGCCACACCCCGAACCUCCCCCUCCGCUCAGCUGAUGCAAACCUCCCCUCACCCCCAGCCAAAAUCAAGCACCGUACCCUGGGGGACCGGGCCUUCAGCGUCUCUGCCCCCACCCUCUGGAACGCCGUCCCUAAACACAUCCGUGAAUGCCCGGACCUCAUCAUCUUCAAAUCUGCCCUCAAAACCCACCUUUUCACACUCGCUUUUAUUACCUAAACCCCCCGACUCACCAUUAUCCCACCUCUCACAUCUGCCCCUCCCACCUGUAUUCUUUUAUUCUUUUUAUUCAAUUUUAUCUUGUUUUUAGCUUGUUAUUAUUAAUCUUUGCCUCACUCUAUUUUUGUAGUGUCUUUGAGCUCCUGUAAAAGCGCUAUACAAAUGAAAUGUAUUAUUAUUAUAAAUAUGAACUUAUAUAGCUUUCAUAAAGAGAUUUUGUUCAAUUUAGACCAGAAAUUCAGAUAUCUUUAUAUAAAAGCAUGCACAUGUGCUUGUUUUUAGUGUAGUUUCAUAUAGCCAGUUGUCCAGUAGAUGGCUCUCUUUAGUAAACAAUGAGUGUCAACAGCUCACUGGUUUACAUUUUCCUUAUCCUUCAGUCAGAUCACGCACUAAAAUAUGUAUAAAUCCUGUUUUAUCUGCAGAAUAUGAAUGCCUUUUCUAUUAAUGAUUCCUGCACUACACUUAAAAUAAUUCACACUCUCUCUCUUAAAGAAAAACCCCAAAACAUUUCUUAUGUCCUAGUUUGUUGCAAAGUAAUUACAAAACUCUGUGUUAAUCAAAAUUCAAGAUUUCAUCAUCAAAUAAAAAGCAAGAAUGAAUCCACAGCCAAACCACUGAAAGGGCAAAUUUAGUGGCAAAAAGCUUCAUUACACUCAUUUUUCUUAGUUUCCUCACAGGCUAAUCUUGGAAGAAAAUUGCUUCCAUUUUUAGCUCCUAAUUCUCUCCCUUGUGAGUGACCAGCUGGGUCCGCAAACUAUUCAGCCUCAGAAGCCAAUGACACAGUCCUUAUUUAGCCCUCUCAUUGGAGGACAACAGGCAGCUAAUGAAGAGCACCAGGAGGAAGCUGGAUUACAUUUAACAUACGUGGAUUUUGACUGUCUAUAAAGACACUGGACUCUAUUUACAUCUCCCAAAAGACUGGGAGAUAAUCAUAGUCUUUAUCCCCACUGAAGAGGGCAAAGCCUCCUCUUUUUCUAACCCCCAACUGACCACAGUUGUUAUCCUUUUGGGUGAGUGCUGUGUGCUGAGGGAGUUAAUUAUGCCUGUAAUUAUCAGAAAAAGUACCAGCCAUGACACCAAAGUCAGAAAUUGCUUUUGGAAGCUGUGAAAUUAAUGAAAAUGGGUUUUUCUUAAUGCCAUAUCAUAACAGAUGGUCAGGCGUUUACAAUGCUGACAGAGACCCUCCUACUGUACCACUGACAUUCAGUAACCUGAUAGCAGGAGAAAGCUCCCACAGCCAACUGUAUCAUAAUAGGCCCAUGAUGCCCAGCAAGAUGCCCAGUUUAUUCUUCUCUUUAAAUGCUGCAUCAACACCAGACAGGUGUGGAGAAAUGCACUUAUAUCAAAGCUGUGGCCGCAGGAGUUCAACAGGGGUACUGCUUCUGUUGUAUUUUUCAGAGCUGCUUCAGUCUGCAGAGAUAUACUGUAAAAUGUGUUGAAAAUGUCCUGAUAUCCCAGUAGUGCCGACCACAUGCAGCUCUCUGUGUAGUUGCAGGGCAGAAGGUUAUAUACAUAAGUUCCAGUCUUCAGUGAGCUUGUGGCACAGAUUGUAUCGAUGUUCAAAGAUGAUGGCACUAAAAAAAAGUUGGUCUACCUCACUAAAAAAAAAAAAUCCGACGUCUUCUGCGGAUCUAAACGAUUUCUGCCGACUUUGUAGAGUCAACUGCAGAAUUAACGGCAUUCUGAAUGAACGGGGCUUUAAAAAGUCCUGCAGCAUGUGUUAGACGUCACAUCUACACAUGGACCAAUCAGGGGCUGCCUUUCCCUGUUGUCCGGGUAACAGUAGAAACACGGUCUCUGAUUGGCCCGGUUAUUUUCUGAUCGGGAAUACACGCUCUCUAUGGGCCGAAGUCCAGACUGUUGUGGGAAGGAACGUCAAGUGAUUCACGCAACAGGAUGGCCCGGCCAGGCUAAGAAUAACUGAGUUCCGUGUCGGAAAUUCAUCUGGAACGACCCCCUGAAGUUGGAUUUCUGACUCGGAAAGUCAGACGAUCCUCACCAACCGCGGCUUGACGACAAUGUCAUAAUGCAAGAUGGCAGCACAGUGCAUAAACAGUAAAGAGUAACAGUGAAAGCUCUUGUAAUGUAUUAUUUAUCAGCACUUCUGUUCUGUUUUUGUAAAAUUAAAUACGUGGUAUAUGUUUUACUGCCCAACGUCUAACUGUGAACACGGUGCUACGGUGUUUGUAAGAGUAAAAUACAUUAACAACCGCUGACAAUUGUAAACAACAGCUAACAAAAGAAACUGUGGACAUCCAUCUUGGUCGACUAACUGGAAUGCCGUCAACUUGGGUGUUACGUCAUUCCCAGCUCCGACAUCCAAUUUCCGAGAUAACUGAAAUGCAGCAUUAUUGUCAUCUUUUGUAAUUAGUUAAUUAUUAGAACUUUAUUAACCUUAUUUGUUGGUAUAUGGCUUUCUACAACUACGCUCGUUAACUGCUUAGUUUUUUAUUGUGCUCUCUAAGGCCUCUCUGCCGCUCUACACAUAAUUUAUAACUUUCAUAACUGCACUCUAAAUAUUAUUUGUGUCCAAAAACAAAUUACUCACCACUAUUCAUUUCUCACCUCCUUACAGAGGUUACUCACUGUGUGCUGGAGAGUGCGAGGAGUGGCAUGAGUCAGCAUAUUAUCCACUACUGUAGAGGAACUGCUUUUCACUUGGAUGACUAGUUUGUAUUACCCUCACAGUAACAUCCUGUGACUGUCUGGUCUCAGAGCAGAUGUUUGGUAGGCAGGUGAACUUCAAACUGCGGUCUGAUCCUGCAGUCUUCCACUCCAGUUUCAAACAGGAUGGCCUGGUUUUUGAAGAACAAAGCUGAAUUUCUGGGUUUAUUUUAAAAGUCCAUCCCUGACAUUUUGUGCCUUUUUUCAGGCCAGAGUUUUUUGGGUAAGAAUUAAGCUGGUGAUAGUAUCCUGUCCGUUUAGCUUAAAAUAAUGUCUAAAAAACGAGAAGACUGUUGCCAAAAUGUAAGUCCAGUUAAAGUUAUCUUUUAAACCUAGAAAUAAAUGAAAGUAAACUAACUAUGUCAUUCUGAUGGCAAACUGUUGCUUAUCUCAUAUCCCUAAACAGUGUCAAGACUGUGACAUUAAGCCAAAUAAACAUGUUUUCUUCCAAACUUAAGCAAAAUGUCACAUCCAGCACAUUCUGUGGGAUGCUAAAAUCAGGCAGGCUUCCCAGAAAAGAGUCUGGGCUUUGCUUGAACAGAGUUCUUGGAACAAUUGGUUUUAGUGCAAAGGUCUGUGCCUGAGGCGAACGCUAUUGAUCUGAGCCACUAUUAAGAGGAAUAGACAGAGAGAGGAAGCAAAGCAGAGAGGCAGGAUUUCUAGGCACACAAAGGAAGCCUCUGUCAUGAUGUUUGGAUGCAUAGGUAAAAGGGGACUAACAGCUGUAGUUUGCUUUAUAUUUUGGUUAUAUUUCUGGUCAAUUACAACCAAUCUUGCAUUGUUUGUUUUCGCUCUUAACUCCCAACAAGGCUUUACGUUAUUAAAAACCCUGUGGUUUGCUGUAUCCAUGUCACAGCAUGUUGUUCCUUAGACUUUUGACACGGGGAGUCUCCUUGGGGACUAUUACUCACUGCUCAUGACAGGCUUGUUGCUGGGAAGUGCCACAUUGAGGUCUUCAUUACCAGAUGACAGUUAUGCCUCAAUGAAAAAUCAAACAGUAUUUGGGUUCAUACAGGAUAACUGCAGAUGCUCUCAGGUUUGGCAGUCUGUUUCAAGUCUAAAAUGUAAUGCAGGAUCUGACCACCCAGAUUAAGAAAUGUAAAAAACAAAACAAAACAAAAAAACGUACUAUUAUCUCAUCUAUUGCAUGCAUUUUCAGGGCCAGCCCUCUGUUAGGAUGUGAUUGCAGUUUAAUCACAUCUCUGUUGUGAGGCCGCCUGCAUGUGACACCCAUUAAAGAUGAUGGCCGUCAUUGUGCAGGGAAAACAUUUCCACAUACUUGCACCUGUCGCUAAAGCAAAUUAAGACUGAUAUGUGGGCAGUCUGCCACAUUGAUACUCGGGCCUUUCCCUCGGACACCUGCCAAAUCAUCUAAAUGUGGCUGAGUCAUAACAGUGUCUUAAACUUAUAGGAAUGCAAUGAACCACGAUGGAUGCAAGCUUUUAUCAAUAUCAGGUUUUGAUGAAAUUUCACUUUAUCUUGUUUUCAUCAGUUUAUCUCCUAUUUUUCUCCAUCUGUCUCUUUGUUUUAUGGUACAACAAAGAUCUGGUUCCUGGGGAUGUAUUAAAAAUUUAGGAUUCAUUCCUCCAGUUGCUAUGGUGAUAACCCUUGACUGAAUAUCUCUGACCCUACUGGACAUUGGUUGAAGCAUACGGAGGCUAACCUUUGGACCUCUGUUAUCUUAAAAACAGACAUGCAUAGAAUUUUACAUUUUGCUAACCAGGUGAACGAGGAAAGAUGCAGUUUUGUUAAACACAUCAAAGAGAGUGCAACUUCAGUCUGAAAGGAAAGAAAAUUGGUCGGUGUAUCACUUCAGUCUUUUGCUGCAAGUCUGAUUGUGACUAAUUGUGCUCUAUACUGAUACCCUUUAGUAAUCGAGUACUUGUUACCAUCAUUAGUCGAGUAUUGUCACGCUACUUGUUCUUGGCGAAAGCAUUGUGGCUCAGUUAGCUUACAGGUACAUGCUUCAUGUCAGCCAUGACCAGGAAAAGUGAUGUGUGGAAGUAUUGUGACCAAGAGAGCGACAAUGAGUGACGAUACCAUAGCAGAGAUCAGUCUACUUGUAAUGGAAUUGGUGAUUGGAGAUCCGCUCUCAUUAAGUUUUGUGGAAGGGGAAGGCCUCUACGAGCUGAUGGCAUCUGUUGAAGACACAAAUCAACUACAGGAGUGCAAGCAGGUUGAAUUAUGUGUGUGUAGAAACUUUAGCAGAACUUAGGGCUGUUUUCCAGGGUUGACAACUGGCUGUCACCACAGACCCACGGAGUUGUACGUUACUGUUACUUUUCAUUGGGUAUUGAAGACCGCUGUCCUUUAGACAUGCAGUACCGAUGAAGGUUGCACAAAACUUAUGGGGCUUUCACACCAAGUACAAGUAAAACCAUCUAUUCGCGUGAAUCAACAGCAAUGUCAACGGUAAUCCCUGCCAAUUCAACCGGCGGUGAUCAAGUGAUAGACAAAGGGUUUUUUACAAUUUACCAGGUAAUCCGACCUCCUUACUCCUUUUUAUUCCAGUUUCAGUAAUUGAAAGAAAAGGUAUCAUAUAAUUCAGGGCACCCACACACCGAAACGAUCAGUUUUUCCUCCAUUUUAGAUGCAAGUUAACAACUAUCCAUUUUCAUACAUCACCCAGCAGCCUUCAAGCUGGGUAAUUAAUGCGACGAGAAUAUCCGCUCAAGUUGAGAUUCGCCCAAUUCGCUUCAUUUGCACCCCUAGAGUUGUAGGAGCGUCUAAUCGCGUCUUUGCAUUGAUUUAACAUGUAAUUCAUUGGCGCAAAUGAUUUUACUUGCGCAUAGUGUGUGGAGACAGUUAGUCGAUUUUUACUCGAUAACCUGUUCAUGAAGUGAUUCAUAAAGAUUACUCUAGAUGCCCAUCCCUACUCUGUAGCUAUGGACUACUGCUUAUUUAUUCAUACAUGACGUGGAGCCAAUAUUAAUUCAGUCCUGGCCCACACUUCGCUGGAUUGAAAUGAAUGUGAAAGGUCAAGUGUGGUCUACCUCACUUCAUUUCUCUGUCAUCUUAAUCAAACGUAAGUCCCUUAACUCACUCACCCUCUCCACGAAUGAAUGUGUUAGAGCUGCACGGGAUUGAUGAAUGUUAUUCUUCCGUUGAAACAAUCCUCGAGGUGCCAUGUUAAAUAAUGACCAACAGAUCUGACUAAUGAGUUCAGUUAGCGGCGGCUGACGUGGGAGCUUUCGUUUGCCUCUCUUACUUUGUGUGCUUGUGUGAUGAGAGAUCUCCAUUCGGAGGCAUGAUGAUGAUUGAUACAGCUAGGUCUCAACUUUUCCACCAGAGUCUCCACACUUCAUGAUCACUUACCUAUGGUAUUAGUAAGAUGAAUGGUUCUCCCUUGUCUGGAAGUCGAGAGGUAAUUUUGUCCUACGCUCACGUGAAAUUAAUAGGGGAGGAAAAAGAGGGGAGAAACACGGCUUAAUCCUGAUCACUGGAAAGUAAAAGAGAUCAUUUUUCAUGUUUGCAUAAGUGGUCAUGCUGUAAACACCCCCUACAGCUCAACAAGGUCUACAGAGACUUUGCAUUGAGAUGAGGGCAUUCAUUUUUUAAUCCUGGCUUAUGGAUAUAACAGUUGAAAAACACCAAUAAAUAACCAAGGCUGUACUUAUUACGGGUUUCUCAAGGUUUCAAGUAGUACAUUUCUUUCAGCCAUAUUCUCACAAGAGAGCAGGAACCCUAUAGACAGAAAAUAGUGGAGUGGCCACAAGAAGGCACUGAAGCACCUCCUCAUUCUCUCGCCGUUUUCCAUCUUCCAGGGAACAGCCGUGGCGAGAGAGCUUUCUAGUAAAAACCCUGGUGGAGUUUUACAAUGA